CUUCAACGUCAGAUAGAGAACGGGGGUUAAUCACUCCUGGAAGUUCUGUGAUUCCAUCAUGUGACCCCUGGGCGUGUCCUGAUAUGUGUUGCUGUCGUGCACCUUUGCAUAGUUACACAGCUACACUUCGACAUCGGAUAGGUAAGAGGAACAAGCACUCACGUUCCCUCACUGAAACACAAUGAUGGCCACAGCUGACAGGCCGGAAAAUAUUGAGGACUGGACCAAAGAACAUGUCCGCCAUUGGCUGCUUUGUGACAUCAAGGUUCCUCAGGAGUAUGCUGACAGACUUUACAACGAGGAUGUUUCAGGUGCUAGCCUGGUCUGCUUUCAGAAAAGUGAUCUGCUGGAAUUAGACGUGAAGCAAGGGCCAGCUGUUCAAAUUAUCAGCAAUGUGAGAAGACUGAAACAGUCUUCAAAAAGACAACAUAAAGAGAAAACCACAGCUUCCACCAGAGAUGGCCAAAGCGGAAAGGACAGAAAUGACGAGGAAGAGCCAUUUAAAGCAAACCCUCUCGCUUCUAGCACUGUAGUGUCACACCCAGACUCCAGUGGAAAUGUGACACCCUCUGCAGAGGUGAAAAGCUCAAUUGUGGUCAAUAAAGAAGAGGCAAACCCAAGCAUUUGCACCCAAAAGGAUGUCAGUGGAGGAGGGGUUGAGCAGCUCUCUGAGAACUUGCAGUCCCAGGAAAGCAAAAGUAUCCAAAGUGUCGUAGUGGAGACUGUUCCCUCCACUGUCAAACAGUGCAACCCGACAGAUUCGCCUGAAACCCAGGGAACUUCGACAGGAAGUGUGACAGGUAGUCAGCCAUUAGCAGUUGAUCGUUCCAAACAAACAGCUUCAAAUUCGGAGCAGCAGAAGUGCCUACCUCGACCCUUUGACAAAAGCAGCGAGUCUUACACAUAUACACAAAAUUACCUUCUGCCCCCUGAGACGGGUCAGAGUAACCUUCUGGACCCUGCACAUGAGUACAAGCUGCUGGCCAACACAGAAAAGGCCCUUGAAUCAGAAGUCCUGAAGAAAUUUACCAAAGAGGUGUUGCGUUUUGCAGCAGCCUGCAUGAACUCGCGCACAAAUGGGACCAUUCAUUUUGGAGUGGGAGAUGUCCCAAAAUAUGCACAUGGGCAGAUAAUAGGAAUCCGAGUUCCUUCACCUCAGAAGUACAUAGAUGAACUUGAUAAACAUCUGCAGGAUUGUUUUUUGAACAAUACGAGCAUUGCCAAAGUAUGCAUCAGGCCACCAAAAUUUGUUCAGGUUCUACACCUUGAUGACACAGCCUCAGACCUGUGUGUCAUAGAGGUUGACAUUGUACCAAAUUUUUCAGAAACUCAGGAGAUUGUUUUUUACACAUCUAUGAUAUCUCAAGACAAACAAGGGAAAAAAUGUAAAGAAACAUGUCUUUUUGUACGAGAAGGUGCUAGUAGCUGUAAUACCCUAACAAAUCCUGGAGAUCAGCAGAACGUGAUUGAUCGUAUCAAGUCUUGGGCUUCAGCAAGGAAGUGCAUAGAAGAAAAUGACUGCCAGGAGCCGAUACAAAGCAACCAAGGGCAAAGACUCAAACAGUUAAUUUCACAUGGGAGAGACACACUGUUAGAUUCAUUGCACAAUAUUGUUGUGACAAACAAGUGCCCUUCAACUGAACUUGAGCACCUGCAUUUCUUGAAAGAGAUUAAGCCAUUUGCUGUGUUGGAAUUUGACCCUGAGUCUGAGCUCAACGGCUCAUGCAGAUUUUUCCGUGAGGACAGAAUAGCCAACAUUCACUACCCACGCAUGUACAACCCCGGUGAUAGUAUAUCCACUACCAUCGCAAAACUCAAUUUGUUCAAACAGCCAAGCUGGGUAUUUUGCAAUGGCAAAGCCGACGAAGAGAGUGAAGAUGACAAACCUCUUGAGACCAAUGGGUGGUUCCAGAGACGUGCAGGAGAAGUGCAAGACCUGAUUACAUUCAUAUGCAAUCCUGAGAUUCUACGAACAGAGAAACUGCAGGUCAUAUUCUUGCUCCAUUCAAGUGUAGACAAAAUUUCCAGCCCUUUGCUUGAUACUUUUAGCAAGAUCUACCAGAAAUUGGGAGGGAUAGAGAACAUGAUAUGCAUAUGCAGAGGUACAGCUGUGUUCAAUAAGUGGAGAGAUUUAGUGCGAACACUGUGUGAAAUAGACAUCACCAGUAAUUGCAUCUAUGAGCUGAAUCUCAAUGAGGUCAACUGCACUAUUAUGAAAAUGAAAGAGCCCCAAACACUCUCAGCCUACAGAUAUCUGCCAUCUAUCAGCUCCAGUUCUGUCCACUUGACCAAGAAGGAUGAAGAACUGAUGACAGUGCUGGACAUCCUCUGUGAAAAUGAAUGUGAAAACACGGAAAUUGAAUUAAGUAAUUCUUUUCCGAUGUUUAAGAAGAAAAUUGAGGAGGAUUUUUACAGAGGAGGGAAAGUGACUUGGUGGAACUUCUACUUGUCAGAGAAACCAGGGAGUCUCCCAUUCAUCAAACGAGACAAAUAUGAUGAGCUAUAUGAUCUGAUCACACCGCACGAAGGGUACAGAACUACGUGUGUGAUAAUCAACUUGUUUCACCACCCAGCCUGUGGAGGGACUACACUGGCUAUGCAUGUCCUGUGGAACUUGAGACGCAAAUUCAGAUGUGCCGUCUUAAACAACAGCAAUGCCCAAUACAUUGAAAUUGCUGCCCAAGUCAUAAAGCUACUGACCUAUGCCAAACGGGAGGAGACAAGUUAUGUCCCGGUUCUACUGCUGGUGGAUGAUUUGGAAGAUGUUGAAGAACUGUACCGAUGUGUACUCCUUGCUUCACAUGAGAAAAGAAAUGGAGAUCGUCUAAUGGUCAUAAUUCUAAACUGCAAGAGAUCACAGUUCCCAGAUGUUAGCUCAAGAAACAGUCAAAUCAACAAUGUCUUCAUUUCCAACAACCUCAGCCCCAAGGAACAGAGCUUCUUUGAUGAAAAACUAGGGGACCUUGAAAACUAUCAUGAAAAGCCUGAAACAUUCUAUGCUUUCAUGAUCAUGAGAAAUAAUUUCAGUGAAAAGUAUAUUGAAGAUCUCGUCGAUAACAUGCUCAUAGGGCUUGACGUCUCCAGCAAAGUUGGACAGCUCCUGUCAUUUUUAGCUCUGCUAAACACAUUUGUGAAUGGGUCCUCUAUGUCUCUAUCCCUGUGUGAGGAAUUUGUGGGAAUUAAAAAUGCUCUCUGGGGUCAAGAAACUCUGGAGGAAAAAAUGAAUCCAUACUUCACCCUUCUGAUCUGUUUCUCUGUUGAGGAAUAUGGGACCUAUAAGGCGGUCCGAUUUCUACACCAAAUGAUUGCUGAUAAAUGCCUUAAUCUCCUUACAAAGAAGCACAAUCUCAAAUUAAGUGAAGUAACAGCCAAUCUCCUGCACUGUGAUUUGUUCUACAAAUCUGGCAUGGGCAAGGAUAUUCUCAUCCAAAAUAUCCUGAGUAUGCUGAUCACACGUCAGCAGAUAGUACUUGGAGAUGACAAGAGCACCCUGUUUUCCCCUUUAAUUGAGAAAAUGCAGACCACAGAAGGUACUACCCAAAUCAAAGAAAUUUUGAUUGAAGCUACAAAGAGAUUUGAAAAAAAUGCGACUGUACCUCAGGCACUAGCAAGGCAUUUCUACUUAAGAGAGAAGGAUUUUACAUCAGCUUUGAAGUGGGCACUUAAUGCACAGCAAAGGAUGUACAAUUCCUACAUUGCUGACACAUUGGGACAGGUCUACAAAAGUCACCUCAAAUAUGAAAUCGAACUUGGUGUGGAGCAGCGUAAAAUCCUUACUCCUGAAGAUUUGGAAAAGUACCUGAGCCUUGCAUCCAAGGCGACAAAAGCAUUUAAAGAUUCACAAGAUCUGGCAAACAAGGACGAGCCAUUUGACAGCUCAGAUCAGCGCAAUAAGAAGCGAAAGAGAACCUACAACACUUCUGGGCAUGUUGGUGAAAUAGAUGUGGGAAUGAUUGUCUUUAAUGUUCUCCAAUACAUUCCCUUUUUCAACAAAGCUGAUCAAAUAAGUAAGCAGAAAAUGUUGAAUUUUCUCAAAAAUACAUUGCCCGCCAGUGCACUCCAUGAAGACGAGGCUCAUGCAGAUUUCGUUGCUGUGCUAAAGAGGAAUGAGAAGUUUCUUGUCAAUUUAAAGCCAUGUGUCAAGGAUGGCUUCAUAUUCUUUGAAGCGUAUUUCACGUACCUGAAGCCACGGUCGAUUGAGAGGGAGACCGUUGAAGACAAAAAUAAAAAAAAAGUUUCAAAGCUCUACGCAGUGUAUGUCAAGCUUUUCUGCACCUCAGAAGAGGAAAGAAAGUCAGAGCGGACCAGCCAACCAAAACUGAGUUUUGAACAACAGAUUGAGAAUGCCCGGCAGUAUUUAGAAACAAAACGUGCCGAUACAUUUGCAGGACUUCUGCAGUGCCUAAAUGACAAGACAGGUGGUGAAAUGGAGAAAAUCUUGGAAAAACACAAGUUCAUAUUAGAAAAUUCUGCAUGGAAAACAUUGAUGAACAGGACAAAUUUCAUCUUGGCAAACAUUGUUCUUCACUGCAUCAAGCCAAGCUCCAAAGUGGUAAAGAAAUACGACGAGUUGAUCAAACUUUUGAAUGCUAUUUUACAAGAGGAAGGCACCCAAUCAAAAAACGCCGAGGUCUACUUCCUGUCAAUGUUGCUGCUUUGGCCAGCACGAAACAGCACAGAGGAAGACAUGAAAACAUCUCAAAACAUCUGCAUCUAUGUCACGUCCAUUAAGAAAUCCUUUCAUCGGAGGUUCUCACGCCUGUUCUAUGCAAAAAGUGCUAUGGCCCACUUUUACCUGGGGAAGUCCAGAGGUCUGAAGAGGAUUGUUUACAAAGGGAAGAUUGACCAAUGGAUAAAUAGAGAAGAAUUCAAAAGUUCGCACAAACUCUGGCAGCGUGGAGAAAUAUGGAAAGAACCAAUAGUUGAAAACCUGCUUCUGCGGGUGACAGGUAUCACAGAGAAUGGAGACAUCUAUGUUCAUUAUCCUGGAAAUCUUAAAAUCCCAGUCCGUCCAGUUUACCUGGGUGGUGUCCGCAGUGGAUGCAGCAUGGAGAAAGUCUCUUUUUACCUUGGUUUCUCCAUGGAAGGACCUGUUGCUUAUGACAUCAAAUAUUUAAAUGAUCCUUAA